AUGAAGAGGAGCGGCGCCCUCCUGCUAGCGGCUCUCACUGUGCUCUGCACCUGCGGGCUGGUCACAGGGGAGGACAGCGAAGAGCUUUUCAUGGACUUCCUGCAAACGCUGCUGGUGGGGUCCAUAGAGGAGCUCUAUGAGGGGCCCCUCAGCAAGUACAACAUCAAUGCAGAUGCCAAGGCAGCAAUAGCCGAGCUCAAGUCCUGCAUAGACGGCCUGCAGCCCAUGCACAAGGCGGAGCUGGUCAAGCUGCUGGUGCAAGUGUUGGGCAGUCAGGACGAUGCCUAGUGGACCCCAGACGUGGCUCCAAGCAGCCAUAGGACCAGCUACACAAGCAGCCAUGAUGAAAACACCCCUACCACUUCCCUAUGCAUGAAUUUAUCCUCAAGUCAUCCAAUCAAUAAAGCCUCCUGUAGCUCAGGCUCUGGCUCCUGUCUCUCCCCACCCUCAGGGACACUACAGACUCCCAUACACAGGGUCAUGUGAGUGGAGCACACAUGUGUAAGUAACUCCACAUAGAGGGCAGACCCACCAACAAAAAUCCAGGCAGACACCCUUGUAAGGAAGAAGACAAAGCAAGCCAUUGUGUAGGCAGACAUGUAGAUGUAGGGAGGCAUUGGACACAAAAAGGUCUGCAGA